UCGGCAACCAAACAGUAAAUUGGAAAAGCAGCGAAGAGGGUGGGGGAGAGCUUACUUGUUGAAGGAGAGGAAGGAGAGAGAGAGGUGGAGAGAAAGUGAGCCUCGUUUGCCAUGAAAUUAUGCGAUGAUGAUGAUUCCUUUUAAAAUGAACGGUCAUGAUUAAACCUCAGCAGAGAGCUCAAUCUUGGCCCAAAACCCGAUAGUGUGGAGUGCAGCAGCCAUUGCCACUCCUCCACCCCUCCUGAGACUGCUCCUCGCUAUCAGGCAGCCAUUGUUGCCGCCUGUACCUCCAUCUCAUGUUCCGGCUCAGCCUCACGCCUAGACUGGGCUAUCCCUCAGACACCUCACUCAUGCCUCACUCUUUUAAUACAUUGGAACUUUUACACAUUGACCCGGUGGAGAAAAAUUUCUAGAGCUGCCACUGAUUUCGGCCUUUUGGUCAUAUAACAAGGAGAUGCUGGCAAAAUUUUGACAGAAUCUUUCCACUAAGAUAGAUGGCUGGGUGCCGAAGAAUCAUUGUUUGGAGAGAAUGUCCUCAAGUUUGAAGGUUCUCAGAGGAAUUUAAUAAUGGCUGCUGCCACCACCUCAAGGGCCUUUCUCUACUCCCAUUACUACCGUAGUCUCCCAUUCUUCUUUCCUCCUCUCAGUACUGUGUCUAGGUUACCCACCGUUCGCAGAAAUAAGUUGAGGAAUCCAAUCAUUCUCUCUACCGUCAAGUGUUUUCAGUCCUUGUCCGGGCGUCCAAAUGUGGUUGAAAUUCUUGAAGAGAGAGGGUUGCUUGAAUCCAUCACCAGUGAGCAUUUAAGGCAAUCCUGCUCCGACCCCAAUCUCCCUCCUCUCAAAGUCUACUGCGGGUUCGACCCAACUGCCGAAUCCUUACACUUGGGAAACCUUAUUGGAAUUGUUGUCCUCUCAUGGUUCCAAAGAUGUGGCCAUCACCCCGUCGCUUUGAUCGGUGGUGCCACCGCUCGUGUUGGAGACCCUUCCGGCAAGAGCUUGGAGAGACCCGAGCUCGACCUUGACACUCUGUCACGAAACACCGCAGGCAUUACCAAUACGAUUACGAGAAUUCUGGGUGGGAUUUCCAUCUUGAAUAAUUAUGAUUGGUGGAAAGAGGUUCGGUUGUUAGAGUUUCUCAGAGAUGUGGGUCGGUAUGCAAGAGUGGGGAGCAUGAUAGCGAAGGAGAGUGUGAAGAAGAGGUUGGAGUCAGAACAAGGAAUGAGCUAUACUGAGUUCACUUACCAGUUAUUGCAGGGAUAUGAUUUCCUCCACCUCUUCCGCAAUGAAGGUGUUAAUGUCCAGAUUGGAGGUAGCGAUCAAUGGGGGAAUAUAACUGCAGGGACUGAACUCAUACGCAAGAUUCUUCGUGUGGAUGCUGCUGCUUAUGGCUUGACAUUUCCUCUUCUACUGAAGAGUGAUGGAACCAAAUUCGGCAAGUCCGAAGAUGGUGCCAUAUGGCUUUCGCCAUCCAUGUUGUCUCCCUAUAAGUUGUAUCAGUAUUUGUUCUCUGUUACUGAUGUUGAUGUGGUCAGGUUUCUCAAGAUUCUCACUUUCCUGGACAUGGAUGACAUCAAACAGUUAGAGAGCGAGAUGGAGAGACCUGGAUACUUGCCCAACACAGCUCAGCGCAGGCUUGCCGAGGAGGUCACUCGUUUUGUGCAUGGUCAAGAUGGUCUGGACGAGGCCCUCAAGGCAACUGAAGCAAUGAGGCCUGGUGCUGAUACUAAAUUGGACUGGAACGCCAUUAAAGCCAUUUCUGAGGAUGUCCCCUCAUGCUCAUUCCCUUAUCAUGAGGUCCUUAAUCUCUCUAUUCUUGAUCUCUCAGUUUCAUCUGGUUUGCUUGACAGCAAAUCUGCUGCCCGGCGUCUGUUGAAGCAAGGGGGACUUUACUUGAACAACUCCAAAGUUGAUAGUGAAAAUAAGAGAAUUGAACCUGAAGACAUUGUGGACGGGAAACUUCUGCUUUUAUCUGCAGGCAAGAAGAAUAAGGUUCUGGUACAGAUAAGCGACACCUGAGGGGUGCCCGUCUGAUGGUGUUUUGCUUUCGUUAUUGUGAAUCUGGUGAAAGUUGGGAGUUUAAGACGUUGGAUACGAGCAUCCUCCCUUUAAAGAUGACAUUUUUCGCUGUGGUUCUUGAAGGCUGAUGAGGCUUUAAACGCAACUGUUUUCCCUCCGUUAUUUAGAUGAUUUGUUUUCCUCUUAAUUAAUUUGGUCUAUUCUUUUACGUAAAGUUGAGACGUUGAUCUAAUUUGACAAAAGUGCCUUGUAGUCUUGUAGCAUGUGCUUUUAAAAUGAUUGGAAGCGCUUUUAGAGAAAAUGUUUUUAGGUUCCAAAGGCACUUUAAGACUUUAAACGCUUUCCACAAGAAACACUAGUUAUGUGUUCUUUUCAAGAAGUAUUUAAAUAUUUUUUCAAGAUUUA